AUGACUUUUUCUAUCUUCUUAAUUUUCCUGUCUUUCAUUCAGACUGCUUUUCAGACACCGGGUAAUGAAAUAUUUUUAAUAUAUAAUGAGGAGAGUAAGCACUGUAUGGUUGCUCAGAGGUCUCAUGGGGUCACAACAGCUGCCUGCAAAAAAAACAGUGAAUUGCAGAAGUUCCGUUGGGUGUCUGCUCAUCAGGUGAUGAGUGUGGCAUUUGCACAGUGUUUGGGAGUCCCCUCUAAACAAGAACAAGCUAAAAUUUCUUUGUACCCCUGUGACAAGAAAAGUGAAUUCCAAAAAUGGGACUGCAGAAAUGCAACCUUGGCAAUCCAAGGGGAAGAUUUGUUUCUCGGUGUUGGCAAAACCAAAAAAGAAGAUAUUGUGCUGAACAGAGUGUUAGAUACAAUGAAUAAAUGGAGGAUCUAUGGAACUAUGGAUGACUUGUGUUCACAGGGUUAUGAAGAUCUGUUUACGCUGUUAGGAAAUGCAAAUGGAGCGCCAUGUGUUUUCCCUUUCAAGCUGGGUGGUAGAUGGUAUGCAGAGUGCACGGAUGCUGGCAGGUCGGAUGGCUUGUUCUGGUGUGCAACAACCCCUGACUUUGACUCAGACCAUAUGUAUGGGUUCUGUCCCUCUGACAGCAGUGGCAAUGGCAGAUUUUGGAUUACAGAUCCCUUGACAGGAACCAGUUACCAGACAAACUUCCAGGCAGCUCUCACAUGGCAUCAAGCAAGGAGGAGCUGCCAGCAGCAGAAUGCCGAAUUAUUAAGUGUCACAGAGAUACAUGAACAAAUGUAUCUAACAGAUUUGAUUGACAGCAAGAGAUCCUCUCUCUGGAUUGGUCUUAACAGUUUGAAUCUCAAAAGUGGCUGGCAAUGGAGUGGUGGCUUUCCUUUCAGAUACUUAAACUGGGCUCCAGGAAGCCCUUCACCUGAGCCUGGGAAACUCUGUGCAGUGCUGAAUCCUAGAAGAGGUGCUCAAUGGGAAAACCAGCAAUGUGCACAGAAAACUGGCUAUAUCUGUAAAAAGGAAAACUCUUCACUGGAUCCUUUCAUCCUUCCCUCAGGGGACACACAACCUGUUAUAUGCCCAGAAGGAUGGUCGCACUAUGCAGAUCACUGUUACAUGCUCCACAGAGAACCCCGAGCGUGGAAAGAAGCCUUGAUUUCCUGUGAGGAGAGCAACAGCAGUCUGGCCAGUAUUCACAACAUUGAAGAGCACGGCUUUAUAGUGUCUCAGCUUGGCUACAAAGCUACUGAUGAGCUGUGGAUUGGUCUGAAUGACCUCAACACUCAAAUGUAUUUUGAAUGGAGCGAUGAGACUCCUGUAUCAUAUAUCAAAUGGUUGCCUGGAGAACCGACCCAUGCAACCAGUGCACAAGAAGAUUGUGUUCUUAUGGCAGGAGAGGAUGGAUACUGGGCAGACAGUACCUGUGAUAGGAUGUUAAGUUACAUCUGCAGAAGACAGCCUCUGCAGGAUGUUUUGGAGACCCUGAAGGCUGAUCCUGCCUGCCUGAAGGGCUGGGAAAGACAUGGUUUUUACUGCUAUCUAGUUGGACAUACUUCUGUAACAUUUUUGGAGGCAAAGAAAGCCUGUGAAAGGAGCAAUAGUUAUUUAACAAGUGUAGGAGACAGAUAUGAGCAAGCUUACCUGACCAGCCUUGUUGGUCUGAGUCCGGAGAAAUACUUUUGGAUUGGGCUCUCAGACAUGGAACAGCAAGGGUCAUUCAAGUGGGCUGAUGGUGCAGCUGUGCUAUACACAAACUGGAACGCGGCAAUGCCUGGAAAGAAAGGAGGUUGUGUCGUCCUGACGGCUGGAAAUACAGCUGGAUUAUGGGAUGUGCAGAACUGCGAAGUGAAGGCAAAAUUUCUAUGCAAAAAAUUAGCUGGAAAAAUCACUCCUCCUUUUACCCAUGAAACAGUUUCAAAUUCUACAUGUCCUUUGGGUUGGAAUACAAACAGUAGUACUAAUUCAUGCUUCAAAAUUUUUGUGAGAGAAGGAAACCAAAAGAAAACAUGGUUUGAGGCUCGAGACUUUUGCAGAGAAAUAGGAGGAGACCUGGCUGCCAUUAGAAAUGAAGAAGAGCAAAGACUGAUAGAAAGUUUAAUAAUAAGCAAAUCCCCAUCAUUUCAGCCUUUCUGGAUGGGUUUACAUUGUUUGGAUCCUGACGGUGGACUUUCUUGGAGUGAUGGAUCACCAGUGAAUUACAAGAAUUCAAAAUAUUUUCACAAUACUCAGUUUGAAUAUUGUGGAGCAAUCGGCGAAGAUUCCAUGUUAUGGAUUAACAGGCCCUGUGAAUACCAGCAUGACUGGAUUUGUGAAAUAAAGAAAGGGGAACCCUUGAAACCAGAACCAGCAAGCCCUUCUGCCAUGUAUGAAGUCACUGAAGAUGGCUGGGUUAUAAAAGGGAACAAACAAUAUUUUUUCAGCACAGAACAUACCUCCAUGGAAAAAGCCAGAAAGUUCUGCAAAGACAAUUAUGGAGACAUUGUUACUAUUAGAAAUAAUGAUGAAAGAAUGUUUUUGUGGAGAUAUAUCUUAAAAAGUGGCAAGCUGGAUUCAUAUCUCAUAGGAUUAAUUCAGGAUGUUGAUCGGCAGUUCAGUUGGGUAGGUGGAAGCCCAGUCCACUAUGCAGCUUGGGCACCAGAUGAGCCCAACUUUGCAGCUAGUCAAGAAAACUGUGUGGUCUUAAAGAAAGAAGAUGGCUUGUGGAAUGAUGUCCACUGUGGUUUCUCACAUGGCUUUAUCUGUGAGAGGUACAGAAGUUUUAUAAAUACUACGCUUGUUCCAACGGUACCUCCACCCCCAGGAGGAUGUCCUGAAGAUUGGAUUUUAUUUAAAAAUCAGUGCUACAAAAUUUUUGGCUCCGCUUAUGUGUAUUGGUCCACGGCACAGCGCGCUUGCACCGGCCUUGGAGGACACCUGGCGAGCAUACACAACGAACAAGUGCAAGCUUUUCUUACUUACCAAUUGAAGGAAGCAUCAAAUGAUCUCUGGAUUGGCUUGAAUGAUAUACUCAGUGAACUCAACUUUGUUUGGACUGAUGGAAGUGCUGUUUCUUAUACAAACUGGGCUUCAGAUUGCCCCAAACUUAAAGAAAUUUAUUUGUUCGACACCCUACGCCCAGAAGAUGGCCACAAUCUGCUACAGUUUGAUUGCGUUUCUCUGAAGCGAGGUCAUGUUGAAGACACAGGAAAAUGGAAUGAUGAACCAUGUUAUAGCUCCAGAGGAUAUAUAUGCCAGAAAAACAGCGAUCCGAAAUUCUUUAACUCAUCAGCAACACUGUUGGACUUUGUUUCUGCUCAUUCUGAUGGAAUUAGCUAUUCUGUCAUCCAGUCCAAAAUGAAUUGGGAAGAAGCACAAAAAUCCUGUAAUAACAAAGCCUCAGAACUUGUCAGCAUUUUAGAUCCAUAUGGUCAAUCACUGGUGUUCUUAGUUGCACAAGAAUAUAAAGAGCCUCUAUGGAUUGGUCUAAAUAGCCACAUGACCAAUGGCAAGUAUCAAUGGAUUGACAAAUGGAGACUGGUUUACAGUAAGUGGUCCAGUGGGGAACCGAAACAGAAAUGGGCAUGUGUUUAUGUAGACACUGAUGGAACCUGGAAGACAGCUUCAUGCAAGGAAGAAUUUUUUUCCCUCUGUAAAAAAUCUGACGAAAUAGCACCUACUGAACCCCCAGAACUCCCUGGAAAAUGUCCAGAAUCAAAAGGACACAAAUCUUGGAUACCUUUCCAUGGUCACUGCUAUUACUUUGAGGCCUCCAGGAAAAGAACCUGGUCUCAAGCUUACCAGGAAUGUACCCGACUGGCUGCUGACUUGGUAUCAAUAAAAGACUAUGCCGAAGCAAACUUUCUGUCUGACAGCAUUAAAGUACUUCAUGGAAAAUCACCAAACUUUUGGAUAGGACUGAAGAAAAAUGAAGAAUGGGUGUGGACAGACAAAACUGCAGUGGAUUUUGUCAACUGGAAUAUGGCAGAACCUUCAGGCAACAGGAAUAAGCACUGUGGAGAAAUAUCAGCAUUGUCUGGGUACUGGAACAGCAAUGUCUGUUCUUUCAAAAAAGGAUAUAUCUGUAAAAAAAUGAAAACUAUUGAGAAAGCAGAGAUAUCACCAGAAAAUAAAGGAGAGAAAAAGGAGAAAGUAUUUUCCACCAGCAUCAUUUGGAUCUUUGUUGUUCUAGUCCUUUCUAUUGUUGGAGCUGGAAGUAUACUUUAUUUCUACCUGAAGUUCAAGAAAAAACAAAAUCAACUAGAUACGUCAACUAGAAUGAGAGGAACACAAGCAUCCAUGGAUAUCCAAGAACAGGAUGCACACACUGGCAUGUAG